CGUAUUCCCAUCAAACGUCCGUGAGCCAGACGCGCCGCAUAGCCCGCCGCGGCAUGGCUCGUGGGGGUCGGCGCUGCUUUCUCCUCGCCGCACUGGUAGUGCUGUGGUGGCCCAGUGCGCUUGAGCACAGGGCGCUGUGGUCCUCAGACGCUGAUGUUGAAGCCUUCGCAGCACCCAAGAAACAGCAGGCAAGCCUCUUUGAGGCCGCGACCAGCGCGCAAAAGUCCAAGGGCAGAGGAAGCUCAAAGAAAAGCUCCAAGAAGAAAGUCAGCAAAGGCGUGAAGAAGGAGGUGAAACCCUUCCCAGACAAAGCUGGCGAUUCGUUCCUCCCUGCACAGGGGGCAUGUGUGGCUGGGGCCUUUCUGCCGGUUCAGUACCCGACGGAGCACCUGGAUCUGGAGCAGAUCUUGUUUUCGCCGGACUCGGUCUUCAAGGUAGGCCUGGGUAUCACCGUGGUGGGCUUCCUGCUGGGAUUGGUCUCGAUCGUGUCGGUGACCAUGGCCAUGGAGGAAGGCCGGCUGGCGACGACGGGACCCUUUGGCGUGGUUCGUUCGCCCACCUAUACCGGCUUUCUGAUCAUGUGUGCUGGUGCCUGUGUCAUGGCCGGUCUCAGCAUCCCCCGCGCCGUCUUCACGCUGGCGCUGGGUGGUGUCCUGGCAAUGAAGCUGGCCGAAGAGGAAGAGGCGCUUAAGCAGGCUCGACCGGAGGCGUGGGAGAAAUACUCCAAGAAGGUCCCCUACAAGCUGCUGCCUUUUCUUUGGUGACCGAACCAGUUGAGCCUCGUGAAGCGUUUGGUCCAAAAA